UGAAGCUGUUCACAUGCGUGCCUGCUCAGCAGCCCCCAUGGCGGCUCCUGGCACCUUCCUCGUGCCUGUCCUCCUCCUCCUCCUCCUCCCCUGUGGGCCGGGUCCCUACCCUGCUGCUGCCCACAGCCACCCAGGGGUGGAGUGUGUCCUCUUUAACGAGGAGUACAUGACCUGCAUGUGGGGCAGCACAGAGAUGCCCACAGUCAACUACUCCCUCUUCUACUGGUACAAGAACAUGUCUGACAAGGUGGUGGAGUGCAAGCACUACCUGCAGGACAAGGGUGUCAGGGUCGGCUGCCACUUCAAGCAGAACGAGCUCAUCCAGUUCCAGCCUUUCCAUGUUCUCAUCAAUGCCAGUGUUGGUGGCAAGACCCUGGAGAUCCCCAGCAAGCGCAUGUUACUACAGGACUUGGUGAAACCAGAGGCUCCUGUCAACCUGACCAUCCGCAACAUGAGCAACAAUCAGCUGCAGCUGACCUGGGCCUCUCCCUACCCCAAAGAGAGGUGCCUGGAACAUGCUGUCAAGUACAAGAGCAACAAGGACACCAGCUGGACGGAGCUCUCGGUGAAUGGAGAUGUCUUCUCCUUACCCAGCGUGGACUAUGAGAAGUCCUACACCUUCUACGUGCGCAGCAAGAUCAACAAAUUCUGUGGUAGCACCCAGUUCUGGAGCGAGUGGAGCGUUCCUGUCAUCUGGGGCAGCAACUCCACCAGCCAGGGCACGGUGGAGGAAUGGCUGCACUGGUUUGGGAUCCGCACCGUCCUGGUCCCCAUUGCCUCCUGCCUGCUCCUGCUGGUCCUUGUCAUCCUGCUGGUGCGCAUGGAAAGGGUAUGGGUCAUCCUGAUGCCCCGAAUUCCCAACCCCAGCAAGAAUUUUGAUGAGCUGUUCAUCACGCACAAUGGCAAUUUCCAGGAAUGGGCUGGAGUCCCCAAAGAUGUCGUGGAGAGCUUCAAGCCCAACUACAGCGAGAACAUCUGCUAUGUGACUGAGCUGCCACCCAAGGACAGCCAUGAGCCCCUCUGGGACAGCAGCAACCAUGCACCACCUGCAAUGCCCGGGCCCCCAGCCGCCCCCAGUGAGCACAGCCCCUACCAGAACAGCUACGGGAGAGUGUGACGCACUCCUGCACCCCUGCAUCCCCCAUUCUCCACAGCUUUGCUGCACAAACCUUACCUCUCCUUGGGCCCUGCUCCCUGCUCCUGCACUGGAACCCCAGUCUUGCUUCCUGCCAAGCUCCCCUCCCUGCUUCAAAGUGCCCACAAGCCCACCCAGGGACAUGUCCUGGUGAGAGGGCAGCUGCAGCUGAGCAGGCAGGGGCCACUGGCCAACUGAUGGGGACACACAGGAUGCAUGUGUGGGGGGCCAAGUGUGGAAAAAUACGGAAAGAUAGGCAAGAAAGAUUGUAAACAUGCUCAAGUGCCUUGCAGUUGAUGUAGAAAAAUAUACCAUAAUCAUCGUUGUUUAGCUUUGUGUGUUCAGUAAGUAGAACUUCUGUGUUUAGAUAACAUGGGGCUGUGAUAGACUUAGUGGCACCUUAUUUAACAUGCUUGAGAUUCCUGGCCUGCUGUGGGAAAGAUCAAAUCACAGUGGUAAACCACAACGGCACAAAUCCUUGAUAAACAGGCAAAAACAGCAGGUUCAGUGAUCCUCUAGGGUGGACCAAGAUCCACAGUGCCUGCAUCCCUGCUUAUGUGCCUCUGCCUGGGUGCUG